CACUGAUAUAUGGCACUGAUAGGCAGCACUGACUGGCACUGAUAGGUGGCACUGAUUGGCAGCACUGAUAGGUGGCACUGAUUGGCAUUGAUAGGUGGCACUGAUUGGCAGCACUGACUGGCACUGAUGGGUGACACUGAAAGGCAGCUCAGAUGGGCACUGAUAUGUGGCAUUGAUGUGGCACUGAUGGGCACUGACACAAGGCACUGAUGGACACUAACAGGUGGCACUGCUCGGGCUACACUGAUCAUCAGGGCACACUGAUCAUCAGUGCCCUGAUGAUCACUGUCAGCGUGACAGCUCGAGAGAGAAAUGCUGAUAACCGGCAUUUCCCUGUUUACAUGUCAUCAGCUGUGAUUGGACACAGA